AUGUCCGAAGGUCUGGGGCGGUGCAGCACCGACAGCACCGAGCCUUCCUCCUUUGGCUUUGCGGCUGGCGCAGGAACUUCUAGCAGCUCUCCUUGUCCUGGCCACGACCGACAUGGUCGAGAUGCCAACAAUCUCGAGGACGGUGCCCCACUGCGCAUCCUGAGUGGAGCGAGCGUGGAGGCAGCAGACUCCCGCGAAGCCGCAGGUCAAAGCGCUGUUUCAGCCCACGGCGUCGGCAGUCCUGCUCUGGCGGGCGAGAUCUCCGCGGAAAAGGCGGCAGGCACCUUCUUGGGCAGCAUUGAGGUCAGUGGCGGCAGCAAGGGCCGAACCUCACCGAAUCUCGAGCUGGAGAGGGCCGCGGCGCCAUCGGCAGAGGUUCGUCCGGCAUGCGCCUCCGAGCCGUCAGUCGGGAAGGCUGCCGAGGGCAGCAACAUCAGCAACCGCGCGAGCCCGAUUUCGGGCCACUCGCCUCCGCCAAGAGCAUCCGAUGGAUUGGGAAGAUUGGGAAGUCACCCAGAUGUCGGUGAAUCGCAUGGUCAGCCACUGCCGAUUACAUCCCUGCUGGAGGGGCCCAAUGGCCUAGCAGCCUCAGCAAAAGCUGGUGCUGGCAUGUCCGAAGGUCUGGGGCGGUGCAGCACCGACAGCACCGAGCCUUCCUCCUUUGGCUUUGCGGCUGGCGCAGGAACUUCUAGCAGCUCUCCUUGUCCUGGCCACGACCGACAUGGUCGAGAUGCCAACAAUCUCGAGGACGGUGCCCCACUGCGCAUCCUGAGUGGAGCGAGCGUGGAGGCAGCAGACUCCCGCGAAGCCGCAGGUCAAAGCGCUGUUUCAGCCCACGGCGUCGGCAGUCCUGCUCUGGCGGACGAGAUCUCCGCGGAAAAGGCGGCAGGCGCCUUCUCAGGGAGCAUUGAGGCCAGUGGCGGCAGCCAGGGCCGAACCUCACCGAAGCUCGAGCUGGAGAGGGCCGCGGCGCCAUCGGCAGAGGCAGAGCAAUCGUGGCAGCAGUUGAUGCCUUAA